AUGACAGAUUCUCCACCUCCAUCACCAUCGCAGCAUGCGACUGCCCAUGCCUACGCCAGCAAUGGCCUCGAGAUCCUCCAAGCCGCCAGCGACGCUGCGCAGGCCAUUCAAAACCCUCAAGCUCUUCAAGAUGCGGCAGCCGCAGCGGCAGCGGCAGCCGAAGCAUCCCAGGUGUCCCAGCAACCCCAGGCCGCGGGCAUGCCGGGGCUUGCUCAGGGUCCCGACAUGACGCAGCAGCAUCUUGUCGCCGGCCCAAGAGGAUCCAUGCGUGAUCCGACCAUCAAUCCGAAGUUGACGCGGCUCAGAAGGGCGUGCGACAUGUGCAGCAUGCGCAAGGUGAAAUGUGACGACAGCAAUAUUCCCUGCCGGCCCUGCCGCGAGCUGGGUGUCGAAUGUACAUACGAACGAGAGACCAAGAGACGUGGCCCUCCGAACAAGCAUGCUGAAGCUGCAAAGGCAGCCAAGCGGCAGCGACUGGAGGUGGCCGCUGCUGGCUUCCCCCCGGCGUCCCCGUCGCCUCAGAAUGCCGCCAAGACGCUGAUGGACAUUUCGUCGGAUGGUAUACUAGAUGCCGAGUCCAUCGCGCCGAUGCCCGUGCUGGAGCUCCUCGUGGACGAUUUCUUCACGUAUAUCCAUCCCUUGGCGCCCUUCCCCCACGAGCCCACCUUUCGACAGUCGUUUGCCAACCGCGAAGACCGAACGCGGCCCGAGUUUCUGGGCCUGCUGGCAAGCAUGGUUGGUGCUCUGGUCGCGUCCUUUCCCAGGAGUGCAAGGGAGCAUCUCAAGGCGCAGCACAGCACGCAUCUGUUUCCCAAGGCCUUGGUUCUCGUGGAGAAGUGUCGCGACAUUGCGCUUCUGACACGCGGCAGCAAAUGGAUCUUGAAACAGCCCAAGACGUUGGACGACGCCUGCACGAGCUAUUUUCUCGGUUUGGCCGGGGCUUAUACGCUGCAGUGGAAUCCAGCACGCCAUUUCCUGGCAGAGACGCUGAUUUUGAUACGGGAACUGGGAUUUGUGCGGCCAAAGCACGCCGGGGAUUUGCCAACCUUUGGCACGGACCCGUACUCGACCGAGCCGCUGCCGUUUAAUCACGUCAAGGACCAGAUCGGGAAACGUCUGUUCUGGUGCCUCCUGCUGGGUAUUAGGUCCAUGACCCAGUUGGGCAUAAGCGGCACGGACCUGGUCAUCGCGCCGUCUACGCCGAGCUUGCCUUAUCCCGCGUAUCCCGAGAACGUCGAUGACAUCUGCGUCCUGGCGAACGAGAUUAUCCAUCAGGCCGAGGGGACCGUCACGCUGCUAACAGGAUUCCGGUUCGGCAUUGACAUUUACACGACAAUGAAUGGCGUGGUGAGCCUGGAGCUUGCGUAUGGCAUGAACACGCUGCCUUGGGCGGACCAGCGGAUCCUGCUACGAGACGGCCUGAUGGCCGCAAAGGGCAUCAUCGACAACCUUCCGCCAGAGCUACAGCUGUCCACGCAAGGGGAAGACGCGAACUCGCUGGCGACGCUGGACGAAUCGGGCUUGCAAUACGUACCGCCGGUGUGGCCCAACGCACAGCCGUCCCACGACGUGCGCAACGUCAUCAAGACGCAGCCUGCCCAGCGGCGUCGCUUGCAGUACGAGAUCCAAAAGGCGAACAUCUUCAUGUCUCAACUGGCGACGCGGUCCUACUUUGUAGAGCUGUACUUUAACCUCCGCGACGUACACGUGGCCGACGAGGAAAGCAAUGCCGUGGAGGCUCCGGGCGCGGACGAGCAAGGAAUGCAAGAGGCAGACGACAAGGAGAUUUUUGCUCUCAUGGCCGCAGAGCGGGAGUUGAUCGUCCAGAACCUUCUCGAGGUGCUGGGGUCCAUCUCGCAGCGGAACAUGGAGCCCAACGGGCUGUCGCUCAUCAACAAGAUCCGCCAGGUUGCGUCGACGCUGAUGAACGACUCGCCGGACCGCAAAGGGCCGGUGGCGAUCAAGUCGGAAGAGGCGCUCUCUCAGCUGAUUGACAUCCUGAUCAAGCUGGAGAAGACGGGCCCCGCCGCGGCGAGUCGCGCGAGCGAUCCGAACCACAUGACGGCAGAGGAUGAGGAGGACGAGCUGAGGCACUGGGCCGACUUGAGGGAGUAUCAACUGAGAUUUGCGGCGAGUGGCGGCUUUGGAGGGGUGGGCAUCUGA